AUGGAGCGGGUGUCCAGACUGCUCUCCUGGACGCUGAGCAGGGUCCUACGGCUCUCAGGCUUUUCUGAGCAGCCCCGGAUCAUGGAAGAGAAAGCGCUAGAGGUUGAUUUGAUUCGAACUAUCCGGGACCCAGAAAAGCCCAAUACUUUAGAAGAACUGGAAGUAGUAACGGAGAGUUGUGUGGAGGUUCAGGAAGUCAAUGAAGAAGACUAUUUAGUUGUUUUGAAGUUCACACCAACAGUACCUCAUUGCUCUUUGGCAACUCCUAUUGGACUGUGCUUAAGAGGAAGGCUUCAGCGGUGUCUGCCAUUCAAACACAAGUUGGAAAUCUACAUUUCUGAAGGAACUCACUCGACAGAAGAAGACAUCAACAAGCAGAUAAAUGACAAAGAAUGA